UCUGAACACAACAUCAAGCUGUAAACAAAUCGUCUGCAAACGAUCGUCUGCGAACGAUGCAAUCUUUUUUUGUGUGAUAAUAAACGCCGCCUGUAGUGAUAAAAUUGGCUUGCAUUUUUUUUACACUUUUUUAAACUACCCCUAGGAGGGUGGGAUCAUCAAUUUUCGUCGAAGUUUGUGCGUGACGCACGGAGUGAAUGCGGGCUGGGUGUGUAGUGCUUGACUGGGUGAUAACAUGUCGUUGUACAAAAUACGGGUGGCUGACUUGGAGAACAUCUUGGAACAGGAUGAGAUAGAUCUGAAAGUGCUCCGUAGCUUCUGCUUCAAUGGCAUACCGGACUGCAACGGAUUUCGAGCGCUGUGCUGGAAGCUGCUGCUCGGGUAUCUGAGCCCCAAAAAGUCAACAUGGCCAGCGAAGCUUACGAAGCAGCGCGAACUGUACAAACAGUUUGUCAAGGAAAUGGUAAUUUCGCCCGGCGAACAGGAUGGCCCGGAAUGUAUCGAUCAUCCGCUGAGCGACGGGCCGGAAAGCAAUUGGAGCACGUUCUUCAGGGACAAUGAGGUGCUGCUACAGAUCGACAAGGACGUGAGGCGGCUCUGUCCCGACAUUUCCUUCUUCCAGCAGGCGACCGAGUUCCCGUGCGAGUUCGUGAAGGAGCGCGAGCGAAAGCUGCACGUGCGAGUCGCUCCCACGACGCUCAGUUCCGCCAACGUGGAGCGGAAAGGUGUCGGUAUGACCAAGCAAAUCAAUCUCAUCACGAAACGGGCGACGGAAAGCUACGAAGCGAUGGAUGCCGGCCAGGAGGCACACUGGGAGGUGGUCGAACGGAUACUGUUCCUAUACGCGAAGCUUAAUCCCGGCCAGGGGUACGUGCAGGGCAUGAACGAGAUCAUCGGGCCCAUCUACUACGUGUUCGCGUCCGAUCCGCACCUCGAGUAUCGCCGGUACGCCGAGGCGGACUGCUUCUUCUGCUUCACCGCGCUGAUGAGUGAGAUACGGGACUUUUUCAUCAAAACGCUCGACGAAUCCGAGGGCGGCAUCAAGGGCAUGAUGGCGAAGCUGUCCAACCUGCUGCACGAGCAGGACGCCGAAGUGUGGGAACGGUUGCGGGAUCAGGAGCUGUACCCGCAGUACUACAGCUUCCGGUGGCUGACGUUGCUGCUGUCGCAGGAAUUCCCGCUCCCGGACGUGCUGCGCAUCUGGGACUCGGUGUUUGCCGACGACAAGCGGUACGAUUUUCUGAUCAAAAUCUGCUGCGCUAUGAUACUCUUGCUGCGGGAACAGAUAUUAGAGAACGACUUCGCCAACAACGUGAAGCUGCUGCAGAACUUUCCACUGAUGGACAUCAAUCUCGUGCUGCGGAAAGCGACCUGUCUCGACUAGCGGUUUCAGUACGUACCGGGGAGGCAAUCCACUUUUUGAUACAUUUAUUUUCCAUAUAUGAUUUUUUUUAUAUAAAACACAUACACACACUCAACUCGUUCCAAUAAAACAAAACAAGGAAAACGAA